UCUCCCCACCCCCCAACAUCAGGGUGUGCCAGCCGCACCAGGACCCUGGGGGCAGAGAGGAUCAUGGGAGUCCUCCCAAGGAAACAAGGGAAGAAGCACAGGAACGACUGAAUGAUGUGGAAAAAGGCUUCACUCUGGCAAAGAUGCCCCACUUUUUCUACAAGGACUUGGAGGAAGGAACAAAAGGAUUUUCUCAGGCCAACCUUCUUGGAGAGGGAACGUUUGGCAGAGUCUUCCGCGCAAAUGUCUUCAAGACCAUCUUUGCUGUCAAGUGCCUACGUCAGGACAUCACAAAGGAGCGGAAUGGGAGGAAGUUUCAGUUUAACGAGCUGGCAAAGCUGAUGCAGUUCCGACAUCCGAACUUACUCCCCCUGCACGGCUACUCCGCAGACGGGAUGGUUCCCUGCCUGGUCACUGAGUACAUGCACAACGGCUCACUGGAGGACAGGCUGCAAUGCAAGGACAGAACAGCAGGUCUGAAGUGGGAGCUGAGAAUGAACAUCACCAAAGGUGUGGCCCGAGGACUGCAGUUCCUGCACACGGUCAAGGACCCGCCUCUCAUACAUGGGGAUAUCAAGAGUUCCAACAUCCUUCUCGACCGUCACUACGAGGCAAAGAUCGGAGACUUCGGGCUGGCGCGUGACGGCCCGGGAGGGAGCCUGAGGAGCUAUACGAUAAUGAAGACGGGAAGCAAGCUCAUGGGCACGACUGCGUACAUGGCGCCUGAGUACUGCCGGAACAAGGUCCUGUCACGGGAGGUCGACACCUAUGCUUUUGGCGUGGUGGUGUUUGAAAUACUGACUGGACAGAAGGCAUUUGAUGAAACAAGGGGGAAGAACACCAGAGUGCUGACCGACCUUGUGAUGGAACACAUGGAAACCAACGACCCUGACUUGACCUUGAAGCUUGUGGAUAAGAAGACGGGGCGGACAUCUUGGCCACGAGAAACAGCGCUGAGUCUGUUUGAAAUCGGUCGGCAGUGUACGCUGCACAAGAGGAAGCAGCGGCCCAAAAUGACUGACGUGUUAAGUCGUCUUGAGCAGAUGGAGGUGAGGAGGCAGCUGAGUAAGGAGGGAGUCAGCCUCAUGUCUUCUCUAUCAUCUUCACCAGAUCUUUCCCGGAGAACACGGCAAGAGCCGCAAGAGAGUGACUCUCCUAGUCUGGCCAGCGGGUCUCCGAUUGUAGGUCCCUCCCCACAUCUGGCCAAUCAGGGGUCCCCGAUUCUUGGACCCUCCCCCAACCUGGCCAAUCAGGGGUCACCAAUCCUAAUCAGACCCUCUCCACAUCCGCUGCGUCAGUCAUCACACGAGCCAAUCGAAUCUGACGAGCUGGCUUGGAGCAAGGAAGACAACAAGACAGCUAACAGAAUUGCAACUGUUGGCCACUGUGUCAACCCAAAUGGUGGCCAACUCCCGACAGAGAGAGCAACAAGCCAGCCCAGCUACCCUUCACAGAGUACUAUAAGUACUGACCUGGGGUCAAGCGAUGUCGUCAGUCACCAGCAAAACGUGGAAAAUCUCGCCGGUCCGCCCGCCCCAAAUAAAGAGGACAACAAUCUGCCGAUUCCGUCAGGCAAGCAAGAUCCGAACACGGCUAUGGCUGGCAAAGAGCAGCUGAAGGAUGAAGGGCAGGACAAAGGUUUGCCAAAGAAGGAUGAUCUCCCACCCAACCGACCAGUCGAGGCCUGGAUGCCAGACAGCAUCGUGAGAAACACAGACGGGGAGGGGGGCAAGUCUGCCACCCAGAAGACGCUUCCGCCCAAGGAAGUGUCCAAGAUGUCUCCUCCUUCUUCUAGACAUCUCGGGGUAAGGAAGCUGAGCCCUUGUGAGUCCGACGACUGUGCAUCGAUGUCCGGACCAUCUAGACAGUCACCCGUCGAAUUCCACGCGAAGGCAGACACGGAAAAUGUGGUGAAGCCACAGGUUAACCAACCGGCCUCCAACAUUCCUGCUGGCAAUGCUGCAGUGAAAUCGUCAGAAAAGCCUGCUGGCAUCACACCGAAUAGGGCAGAGAGACAGUCUGCAGGAAGGAAUGGUGAUUCAGUUCUGCCAGGUGUGACAGGUAGACCAGGUGAGGAGCAUCAGAGGCAACACCUUCCAGUUUACCCACCUGGCUACAAUCCACCUGACAACAGAGCUUCUGACUACGCCCAGUUUCCCAACAUGGGGAGACACUGGGGCUACCCACAGCACCAGAAUCAAGCCUGCGUGUCUCAGAAUGGCCAGGCUGCAGCCUUCUACACACCAGAGUCACAUUUCUACGGAGUGAGUCAACCGUACAUGGGCCAGCCUUCGCCUGCCAUGGCCCCAACUGAAGUGCCGUACUUGCCGCCUAACUACGUCCCAUACGGGUACCACCCGCAGUACCCACCACAGUACGACGUUCCACCGUCACAGUCUCAAAGAGCUGACAUGCACCAAGACCCCUACCCUCAGUACAUUGCAGAAGCUCAGAGACUGUACCCCCACCAUCCACCGUCAAGAUUCCAGCACGUCUAUCCUGCAUCGCCGGACUCCAGCUGCUCUAACCAGCAGUCCACAGCCUCUUCCUCCUCUUCCUCCCAGUCUUCCAUCUCCAGAGAUGGAUCCUCCAGCUGUACAACCUUCACAGACACCAGCAGCGGUCUGUCCAGCGAGACUACGGAAGAACCAAGCUCGUCAGACGCCGAAACCAGCUCCAUGUCCCUUCCCGAAGUUUCAUCGUCGUCAUCUAGUAACAACCUUAGUCUUCCUCCGUCGGACGAACGUAGCUUCCAGUUUUCACCAAAUGCGGCCCGCGAUAGGCUUGUGCAGGACAUUGAGGACUAUUCUGAGGGUAGAAUUGACUCUAAACAGUGCUUCGAGAACGUUCUGGCACCACAAAACAACGCCCAAGACGCGGAAGACAUGAAGGCGUACAUGGAGAGUAGGAUUGACUCUGACCAGCCGUCGGAAAAUUUGUCUUUGGGUAAACUCUCACUUGGUCGGUCUGAGAGUGUGAGCAGCAGGGAGCCUACAGAAGAUAGCGAUGACAGCACCUCUUGUUAGCGCUAAAGUUCUUCUGUAUUCAACUUGGUAGAAGUUAUAAUUACAGAACAGGUUCGGACUAUGAACAGCAAUUUCCAACACAAGCAAAUUUCUCUUUGGGUAAACUUUCGCUGGGUCGUUCUGAGAGUGUGAGCAGCAGGGAGCCUACAGAGGACAGCGAUGACAGCACCUCGUGUUAGUGGAAGUCAUUAUGAAACAGGUUUGAACUAGAAUACAUGAAAGCAUACUUGGACAGUAGAAUAGACUCUGAGCAGUAAUUUCCAGCAGAAGCAAAUUACUUUUUGGGUAAACUGUCGCUGCGUGGGUCGUUCUGAGUCUGUAAGCAGCAGGGAGCCUACAGAGGACAGUGAUGACAGCACCUCCUGUUAGUUUGAAAGUCCAUGAGUGUGUUCUUGGUAGAAGCUAUUACAGAACAGGUUCGAACUGUAAUUUCCUAGUACACAUUGCAAGCAAUUGGACUUGCCCAAAUUUUUAACAGUUUUUACCAGCACUUCUUCUGUUUAUUGAUAGCGGUUCUACAAUAUGUGUAUGCUGUAUUUGGUACCUGUAAAAAGGUAGAUAAUGAUAAUACAUGUAUAUUAUAAUAUGUGACUGUAUACUACAACAGGGUAUGAAAUAAUUUCUUGUUGGGUUGUGCCUCUACAGAUUGGACGUAAGGGGUUGUAUCGCCUAGAUAGAAGAAAAAAAAACAUUGUACUUUUAUUUUUAUUAAGAGUUUCCUUUUGAUUUGAAUGUUGGCCAAUAGCUGGUUGCCAUGUUAUCUUUAAGCAAGAAUCAUAUUUGUACAACUGUUACAGCUUUAGAUAGCUGUAGUAUUAAGUACAGAAAAAAGAGUGUUCAUGUAUAAUUAUUA